CUGGUAAGUUUCGGUUCCGCUUUCUGUUCUGGAUAAGUGAAAUUAUAAGUCCCGAGUCGUCUCACUUUCUAGUUUAAGUAUGGACACAGAAGAAGAGCUUGUUUUAUGUACUCACUGCAAUAAGGAUGUAGCCAAGGCAAACUUUGACCUGCACGAACCACACUGUAAGAGGUUUCUGUGUAAAUGCCCUGACUGCAAUGACACUGUCCAUCGAGAUCAGCUGGAGGAACACAAAACUGAACAGCAUGCAGAGGUAAAAUGUAAGAAGUGCAAGAAAAAGAUGGAGCGACGGCACCUGCUGGACCAUGAGAAAGAUGAAUGCCCAGAGAGGCCUGAGAUCUGUGAGUUUUGUCAGCUUGAGCUUCCUCUGAGCACUCUGAAAGUGCACAAAGUGUCCUGCGGGAGUCGCACAGAGCGCUGCUCUGACUGUGACCAGUAUGUUAAAAUGACGGACCAGCUUGAUCACGCUCAAAGCUGCCCUGCUACCACUCAGACAACGUCCAGGGAUUUAGUCUUCGAAAAUGAUUCAUCUCACUCAGAUGAGGGGACCAUGCUGCAGUGUGAUAAUUGUCUGAAAUACAUUGCCUCAGACAGCCUGGAGAUACACAAGGGAAAUUGUCCUCAUGAUUUACAGUAUGUGGGCUUUUAUGAUGAUAACUAUGAUGAUGAUGAUGAUGAUGAUGAUGAUGAUGAUGACAAAAAGCCCAAAGCUGGAAACAACAGUGAUUCAGAUGCUGCAGAAUUCUCGUUCUCAUCACGGCACAAGACAAAGGGAGAUAAAAACAGUGACACAGACCUGGAUAAAAUAAGCACCUGUCCGCUCUGUCAUCUGGCUCUUCCUAUAAAGACACUCGAAUGGCACGAGAAAAGAUGUGAAUUACACAGACAUCUGAGCACAGCUUGUUAACUAAUGAGAGAAAAGCUAAACAUGGUUGAUGGAAAUCACCAAUCAUCAUGAUAAAAGAUAGUGGAAUGCAUUGAAAUGGAAAUGAUAGUAAUACCAAAUGUUUACAGUCUUUUUAUCACAAUGUUUAUUUUAAUAAUGGCUCCUUAAAAAUGAUCAGGCCCAGUGAAGGCAGAACAACACAAAAAUUGUUUGAAAUAUAGAGUGGGUACUUUGUGUAUACUUCAUUUUCUGAAUAAUGCUAUUUACUCUAUUGUACAUCUGUUGUUUAAAUCUAUUGUUAACCUUGUUUAAAAAGUCUAAAUCUGUUUGCAUUUUAAAUAAAUGAACAUAAAA